CGGGCGGAGCGUGCUGUGGAGAAGCUUCGAGCGCUGGCCGGCGGGCGAGGCGGCGAGGCGGAGGGGCGGGGCUGUGAGCGGCGGGCGGCGGUCGGGGAGCGAGGAGCGGCGGGCGCGGACUGCUGAGAUAAAAAAAUGGCAAACUUCUUUGCACUGAAGAACUUCACUGCACUCUCAGAUCUGCAUCCAAAUAUGGCCAAUCUGAAAAUAAUCGGUAUAGUUAUUGGGAAAACAGAUGUCAAAGGCUUUCCAGACAGAAAAAAUAUUGGGUCAGAAAGGUACACUUUCAGUUUCACCAUUCGUGAUUCACCAACGCAUUUUGUAAAUGCAGCAUCCUGGGGCAAUGAAGAUUACAUCAGAUCACUUUCUGCCAGCUUUAGGGUUGGUGAGUGUGUGACAAUUGAAAAUCCCUUGAUCCAAAGAAAGGAAUUAGAAAGAGAAGAAAAAUUCAGCCCUGCAACUCCUAGUGACUGUAAACUAUUGCUCAGUGAAGAUCAUUCAAUAGUAAAAGUUUGUUCCAGUUAUGAAGUGGACACCAAGUUACUUUCUUUGAUACACUUACCUGUUAAAGAAUCUCGGGAUUAUUAUUCAUUGGGUGAUAUUGUUGCAAAUGGACACAGUCUUGAUGGGAGAAUUAUUAAUGUGCUUGCAGCUGUGAAGUCGGUUGGAGAGCCAAAAUACUUUACAACAUCAGACCGAAGAAAAGGCCAGAGGUGUGAAGUUAAACUCUAUGAUGAGAUGGAGUCUUCUUUUGCAAUGAUAUGUUGGGAUAAUGAAUCCAUUCUACUUGCACAGAGCUGGGUGCCACGAGAAACAGUAAUAUUUGCCUCAGAUGUAAGAAUAAAUUUUGACAAAUUUCGAAACUGCAUGACAGCAACUGUAAUCUCAAAAACCAUUAUUACAACUAAUCCAGAGACACCAGAAGCUAACAUCUUAUUGAAUUUUAUAAGAGGAAAUAAAGAAACAAAUCCUCAGGAUGAUGCAAUUGACAGUUAUUUGGAAGAAUCCAUAAAUUUAAAUACAAUAGUUGAUGUCUAUACAGUUAAACAAUUAAAGGUAAAAGCUUUGAAGAAUGAAGGAAAAGAUGAUCCUUUUUAUGGCAUUCUUUAUGCUUACAUUUCUACACUGAACAUUGAUGGUGAAACUACAAAAGUAGUUCGAAAUAGAUGUUCAAGCUGUGGUUACAUUGUAAAUGAAGCAUCCAGCAUUUGUACAACUUGCAACAAAGAUUCUUCGAAGUUUAAAUCCGUUUUUCUCAGCUUUGAUAUGCUAAUUGAUCUUACUGAUCACACAGGUACCCUCCAUUCCUGUAGUCUCACAGGAAAUGUUGCUGAGGAGACUUUGGGCUGCACGGUUUUUUUAUCAGACAGAGCAAGGGGUAGAUUGAGAAUGAGUGUGAUCUCAUGUAAGCUUGCAGAUCCUGUUGAGGCAUGUAGGAACUUGUCUGGACAAGGAAAUAUUUAAAUCAGAUAUCAUUAUAAACUCUGGAAAAGAAUAUGAGUUUUAACUCCCCUUAAUGUGGAAGAUGAGUUGAAAAUUAUGGAUAAAAUGUACUUUGUUCAAAUGUGGUAAAAAUGUUUCUAUAAAUAGUUGUUUCCUCCUGGAGUUGGUUUGGGGGUAAAUCUUAAAUAUCUAUCUCACCUGAGCUCAAUUCUUAGAAGGCCAUUUCUACCAGCUUGGCCUUCUCUCUUCCCAAGUUGGAAAAUGUUUGCAUGAGUAAUAAACAAAUUUAAUCUUUCCCUCA